AUGGAACCGGCUGAAGAAAAGACCUUGAUUAUCAGUCAUCAGUCAAGUUCGGCUGAAAAAUCCGGUAAGAGCAACUCAGUCUUCAGAAGUGAUCGCGCAAAUUUACUCGACAACUGGCUGAAAAAGACGAGCAAAAAUGGGUCAGUGAAGUUAGUGAAUGAUGACGUUUUGAUGGCUAACGUUCUCGAAAUAACUGGAUCGUGCUCGGGCGCUUACAUUCACUACACGAAUCCCGACAUGGACGCCAGCAAUCUGGCCACCGCUCCCUACUUGUGCCUCAUUCUUAGGAACAUUAAAAAACAUUUCUCCCUGGAAGUCUGCUUUGUGGACGAUAUGAACCUAAGAAGACGCAUUCGAAUGGACACGACUGCCGAACAGCCAUCCCUCAAGAACUUCCUGGCCACUCUACCGCUCAAACUAACAGACACCAUUACAACUAAACAGGAUUGGAACUACCUAUGCCUUGACAUGGAGAGUCUGGCCGCCACAUUAUUCAGGGCUAAAUACGUGCGAACUCUCAAAAUUAGAAUGUUCAUAACCAACUUCCACAGAUUUACCCAAACUGCAGGCUGUAUAGGAUUUAUUUCAACAAAACCGAAUGCGUAG